CUCCCCUCCCCUCCUCUUCUUAUUCUCUCUCAGUGAUCUAAAAGCCAGUCUCCCGCGAGCGGAGCGCAAGCUUUUCUCUAAUCACCAAAACGCGAAUGCGCGGAGGAGAGACAAAGUGCACUUUGCGCCACUUUCGCCACAUUUCUCCAAACUUUCAAUGGGACCCGUGGACUGGUCCGAGCCUGCUGCAUCUGUUUAACCUGGAGCCGCAGUCAUGGUCUGUUGCGCAUUUGGUUCAGUGCGCCUGUCGUUCUUUGGCUUUUUACGCAUCGCUCUGCUGCUGGGGGUCGUGCAAUUAGCAGCAAUAGCGCAACAUGCUCCAGAGUGUUACCCGGGAGGUCAUCGGAGUUUGAGCAAUCCUUAUCGAAGUGUCGACUUUGACUCCACUGAAAUCCAGAACACCGCCAUCCAGGAUCUGAUCUGUGACCACUCGCUGUCACCAGGCUGGUACAGGUUCUGGAUCAACAACAAGCCAGCAGAGAUGCCGACCACCUGUGUUGAGAUGAACCGCUGUGGUACCCAGGCUCCGGUGUGGCUGUCACUGAAAGACACCUCACUGCCACGUCCUGGCGAGAUCCGCCAGCUCUCCGCCUGUGCCACCUGGCAGUUCUUCCACGGAAGUUCCAAAGACUGCUGCCUUUUCCGUAUCUCUGUCAAGGUGCGAAACUGUGGAGAGUUCAUGGUUUAUUACCUGCAGCCAACGCAGGGAUGCAUGGGGUACUGUGCAAGAGUUGCUUCAGAUUUGGGGCCCAGGCUAUGCCCAGCAGGGGAGGUGGAAGUCAACGGUCAGUGCAAAGAGGCCGUCCCGUCCCUGGCCUCCCGACCGGUGAUCACUGCGGAACUCAUCGGCCACAGCGUCCACCUGAGGUGCUCCUUCGUCUCGCCACCAUGGAGCCAGACACUGGGCUUCCAGGUGGUUUGGGCCAGACACAUCAGCCAUAGCAUGAAGGCCGAGAUCAGACAGGAAGCCACGCUGAAGCCCUUCUCUGUGGUGGAGAUGGAUGGCGUUCACUUCAGGCUUGGAGAAACGUUCUCCUGCAGUGUGUCGACUUUCAGAGCCAACUCCAGCCACACAAGAUCGACUUCAAAAGAAAGUGAGAGUUUCUACGCUGGACUGAAGUUCUCUCCAGAUGUGCUCCACAUAGCAGAGAACAGUAAGGAGCACGAGGUGACCGUCCACAGUACCGUCCCCAUCCCCUGCUUCACCUCCAACUUUGGCCACCAGUGUGGAGUCCCUCUGGCUCUGACUGUCAACAAUCCAGACAGCCUUGGCCAUGAGGUCUCCAACGUGGUGCUGUCCGCCUGCCAGGUGGAGCUCCAGCCAAACACCUGCAGUGAAGGCAGCUGCGGUCGGGCAAAGUUUUUUGUCACUGCUGUGACUGAUUUCACACGUGACGGGAACCGCAUGAGCCUGAUCGGUGCUUCGCCUGGACCCUCUGCACCACGCCUUUGGAGAAGCUACGUCCCGACAUCCCUCAAAGUCACGGUCCAGGAUAUUCCCACUUCCACGUGCUACUCUUUGACUGACCCGCAUAUCAUUACACUAGAUGGCAGGCGUUACGAGAACCACCAGACUGGCACAUUUGUCCUUUACCAGAGCCUCUCCAGGGAAUUCGAAGUCCAUUCUCGCCAGUGGGACUGCAGCAGUCGACACUACUCCGUUGCAUGUAACUGCGGCGUUGUAGUGCGAGAGGGGAACGAGCUUGCCAUCUUUGACAUGUGCAAUGGGCAACCGCAGGAAACGAGGCCACAGCUUGAUCUUAAGAACCUCGGUGACAGUGAGGGGAGUCGGGUCAGGGUGCUGGAGUCCCACCAAGGGAAGAAGGUCACCUUGAUCUUUCCUUCCGGGGCCUUUGUUAGGGCUGAUGUUGGUGAUUGGGGGAUGAGCCUGUCUGUCCGGGCACCCAGCGUGGACUAUGGAAACACGCAAGGCCUCUGUGGCACCUUCGACCGGAACGGCAACAAUGACUUCCAGGCCUCCGACGGUGCGUUCUAUGGCCCUGAUGACUUGCACAACUUCAUAGAAACCUGGAGGAUAGCUCCUGGUGAGAGUUUAUUUGACAAAACACCUCCUGGUAUGACACAGGACCUCAGGAGGCCUUUCUGUCGGUGCCAAACAGGAUCCAGCACUUCUCAAGAAGCUGGAAGGGGGAUGAGAAACUUGUACAAUCCCUCUGCUCACUCAGACUGCAUAGCAUAUGAUAAUGUGGAUUACACAUCUGUGUUCCCCUCAAUGGACACAACAGUUGAAUACAUCAAGAGCCUGGAAAAAGAGGAAAGCAUUCUGGAUAUAUCUGCCUUCAGCAGUCACCCUGUCGAGAGGCGGCACCUCUGGUUUCACGGCAAGAAUAAUCAGAACAGUGACAGGGAUCCUGAACUGGACGAUGAGUUCAGAAAGGAUCUUCUGCUUUCUGUUGACAGGCCAAAGAGACAGGCGUCAUUCCAGCCUGUGUUAAUGGCACAGAGCCUAAGCCAGGCUGAUCUGGAAAGCUACGCCUAUUUUUUCCCAGAGGAUCACCAGGUGGAAGCUCGACCAGAGGUGCAACCCCAGUGGCCCACGCCAAGUGGUCUCACCUCAGCAAAAGCCCUUGAAGUAUGCCAACUGGCUUUGGUCAACUCCACUGUUGGAGCAGUGUGCCGGGAGCUGCUGGGACGCCGCCUUGGUGAGGCAGUGGAUCUCUGCAUGCUAGACCUACAGCUUAAAGAUGACCUGGGUUGGGAAGAGGCGUUGUUGCCAUACCUGGAGAAUGAAUGUGAGAGAAAGCUGCUGGAAAAUUUGACCGACAGAGCCUUGGAGGUGGCCAGUACACCGGGAACGUAUGGGGAAGUGAUUACUGCGCUGCGAUGCCCCAAUUUCUGCAAUGGAAAUGGAGAGUGUACAGAGUGGGGCUGCCAGUGUUUUCCCAACUACAGCUUCCAUGACUGCAGCCUGGCUGUCAGCCAACCGGUUGAGAUAACCGAUUUGGAGAACAGUGGCCUCUGUGAUAUUCGAGUUUUCGACUGUCGCAGCAUUCGGGUCUUUGGCCUCGGUUUCAUUGACUCUCCUGACCUAAGCUGCUAUGCCACUAGACUGAAGUACAUAAACAAAGCGUGGGUUCCAGGGGAAAAACAGCGAACAAAAGCCACCUUCCUCAGCUCCAAGGCUUUAGACUGUGCUGUACCAUCUCUGAGCACUGCUGCCAUCAAUACAGAAGACUUCAUGAUGGAUGACAAACCAUACGCACGCUGGGAGAUUAAGGUCAGCAAUGACGGCUCUCAGUACAGCCAGGCAAAGACGCUGACAAUCUACGAUGGUAUUUGUCAGGUCUGUGAGGCCUCGCGCUCUGGACUCUGUAAGUUAAAGGAGCGGACAUGCAACAUCGAUGGGAUGUGUUUUGCAGCAGGAGACUCCAAUCCCAGCAGUCCUUGCCUCCUCUGUGACCCAGACGCCUCCAAAUUCACCUGGUCUGUGAACCAAGUCAACAAGCCUCCGACUUUCCACCGGCCUCAAAGCGUCCUGCAGACAUUCUCCAGCGAGAACUUCGUCUUCCAGUUUACCGCAUCGGACCCCGAGGGCUCGGCGCUUCUCUUCCAGCUGGAAGAGGGACCAGAAGGUGCUGUCCUCUCCCCUGCUGGCCUCCUUAUCUGGAGGGUCCCAUCAGUUCCAGAGAAGGAGGGGCUCCGGACGAGCAGCUCUGUCCGAUUUACGCUGUCUGACGAGUGUAACGCCCAGAGCACCUUCACUGUGGAGAUUGUCGUGGUGCCGUGUGGCUGCCAGAAUGGAGGCUCAUGUGUGACGGAUAUUAACUUUCCCGCCGGCAGUGGGAAGUACCUGUGUGUGUGUCCCGAGGGUACUCAGGGCGAACUCUGUGCCGACGACAUAGACGAAUGUCUGUCGGCUCCAUGCUUGGGCAGCAAGUGCCUCAAUGUGGUCGGUGGGUACAGGUGCGAGUGUCCUGCAGGGCUGCGAGGUUUAACGUGUCUGGAGGAUGUCAAUGAAUGUGAAAGGAAGCCCUGUUUUCCGGGAGUGCAGUGCUUCAACAGCUUUGGCUCCUAUGGCUGCGGCCCCUGCCCCAAAGGAAUGGUGGGAAAUGGGACUUUGUGCACUGUAUUUCUCAGUCCAGCUGCCUUCCCUUCAACAUCUGCUCCUGAUAUGACUGGCUACAAGACACCAGAUGUUCUGCUCCAACCACCCAAAAUAAAGACAGGCACUUUCCUGAAGACCUCAAGCGGUAGCUCCCCGCAGAUGACGGCUGAGGCCAGGAAAACAGUUCCAAGAAUUGACCCACAAAUGAAGUCAACCACCUGGAGAAGGACAGCAGGAAUUAGCUCCAGCCCUGAGGUCACAAUAGCAGAAACCAGCAGACACAAAACACCAACCAUUCCCCAAACAAAUAUUGAUUCUUCACGGGAAACUCAAGCAGCUAACCUAAACCUAUCCAGGACUAACACAGACAUGUUCAAGAACAUCUCAGAGAUUGUGCCACACCGAGUCAAGCAGGAGCAAUCUAAAUUCAGAAACACUACAAGCAAUCCUCCGACUGUAGCUUCACCAUCAGAUCAUAAUAGACUAGCUGCAGGAUCAGUGAGGUCUUUGGCUGUCAGUUUAUCAGCUACAUGCGCCAGCAGGCCCUGCUUUCCUGGGGUUCAAUGCAUCAACCGCAGACCGCCACAUGUGGGCUAUGUCUGUGGCCGCUGCCCACCUGGACUUUAUGGCAAUGGUCGCAUCUGCAUGAAGAACUCCAAGAAAGCAUCCAAUCACCUGCCUCAGCAGCAGACACCAGGCAAGUCCAGCCGAUCCUCAUAUGGAAGUAGCAGCAGCAAAGUCGUCCAUGUCCACCUACCCAACUUGCCCAACAGGUAUGGUGUCAAGCACCUGUCCUCAUCCUUCAUUAGGUCACACCAAGUUACAGGAUCAGAUAGAGAGGGUGGCACAGGAAGAAGAGAGGCCAUCAUUUCUGCUGCGAGGGAUGUCGCUGCAAAUACUCACAUCACACGUGCCAACCCUAGAUCAGACACUGGGACAUACGCCAGUGCCUCCAGGGAGAUUGUCAUGCCCCAUGUAACAGUCUCCAAGAAGUCUGAAGGAGCUCUUACUGGUGCCACGCCUGUUAAAGUAACUGCCGCUGCACCUCGGCUCUCCAUUCAGCCUGGAAGAGUAACGGCAGCUAAACAAACAACCCAGCCUCAGCUCAACCACCUGACAUCCACCCAGACCAAACCCUGGACUCCACCAAGACCUGCCCUCCCACUUACAGCAGCCCUCACUUCUCUGUCGUACUCACUUUCUGAGUCUGAGUUCUCUGCAGACGGGGAUGAAACUGAGCCAGGAUCAGAGAUGCCGAAGAUUGUGCCAGUACUGACCCUCACAACACCCGACAAGGUCUAUAGCUCCCUGGCACAAAGAUCUACAUCCAGCCAGUCAUCAACUGGAAGUGGUACACUAGCUGACGAACAUUUGAUGGCUUGUGCAGAACGGCCAUGUUUUCCUGGUGUCCAGUGUGAACCAGCCAAGGAUGAGGGCUUCCGCUGUGGAAGGUGUCCAGUAGGAUAUACUGGAAAUGGGCAUACCUGUAAAGCUGUUUGCAGGCAUGCAUGCGGUAGGAACAUGGAGUGUGCUGCGCCCAACACAUGCCGCUGCAAACCAGGCUACACUGGAUCUAGCUGCCAAAAAGCCAUCUGUGAUCCGGAGUGCAAGAAUGGUGGGGUUUGCAUUGCACCAAAUGUUUGCCAGUGUCUCAGAGGAUACCAUGGAGAGACUUGUCAGGAAGCCUUGUGCAGGUCACCAUGCGAAAAUGGAGGCACCUGUGUGGGACUGCAGACCUGCUCCUGUCCUUACGGGUUUGUUGGUCCUCGAUGUGAAACAAUGGUGUGUAGCCGUCACUGUCAAAACGGAGGCCAGUGUGCAUCUCCAGAUGAGUGCAUGUGUACACCAGGCUGGACUGGACCGUCCUGUGAGACCGCUCUCUGCUCCCCUGUCUGUCUGAACGGAGGUUUGUGUGUUCGACCGAAUACCUGCGAGUGUCCUCACGGUUUCUACGGUGCACACUGUCAGAACGCUGUCUGCAACCCUCCCUGUAAAAAUGGUGGUCUGUGUAUGAGAAACAACGUCUGCUCAUGUCUGCAGGGAUACACGGGGAGACGGUGUGAGAGAAGUGUGUGUGAGCCCAUGUGCAUGAACGGCGGGCGGUGCGUUGGUCCAGAUGUUUGUGAUUGUCUGUCCGGUUGGCGAGGGAAGAGAUGUGACAAACCCAGCUGUCUGCAGAAGUGUCUGAAUGGAGGCGAGUGCGUCGGUCCAAACACCUGCCACUGCGCCCCAGGGUGGCAUGGCACGCUGUGUCAGAUCCCUCUCUGUGAGCAGAAGUGUCUGUACGGCAGUCGCUGCAUCCGGCCGAAUAUCUGCGCCUGCCAGAAUGGAUUCUCGGGGUCGUUCUGCUCCAGGAGGCUGCCUAUCACACGAGGCUGACACCAAACAGCUGGCGGUAAAACCCUCAGGUGAUCUGGAAAGCACCACGACGUAAUCAGACUCCAAAGGUCACCAUCAGCUGAGCUUAGCAUGGAAACUAGUGAUGCCGACAUACAAGACGGAGAAAAAGGCAGCUUAUCCCUCGUUUUUGUGCUAAGCUAACACGUGGACAACCUGUUUUAUGUUUGUUUGUUUUGGGGAAUUGGUCACACCGAUGAGAAAUUGCUCUUAAGCUGCAGAGGAAAACUAUUUUCCAGACUUGAUUAACAUCUAAAACCUACACAACCUACACUUCAGAAAGGAAAAAUCCUCACCUGAGGUUCAACAUUAUUUGCAGUCCCAACACUAAAAGAUAUUUUGUCACCCUAACACAUUAACACGUCCUCAGAGUUUAACUGUGCUGACUCAUUAGGUUCUUUCACUCAUUUACAGCAGUUUACUGUAAAUCUUCAGGGUUUGUCCUUUUCACCGUGAAUCCAAACCUCAGUAAGAGUAUUUAUUUAUUUACUUGGUUGUUUUAUAUUGUCACAUAUUUGCUGUUGUAUAUUUCUUAAUCAGUGUAUAAUCUGUUAUUUCUUAUCAAAGCAUUGGCUACUGGCUGUUUUGUAAGAAAAUAA